CUCCGCGUGUCCCCGCUCACUCGCCCGCGCUCGCGCUGCCCGUGCCAGGGAUCAGGCCAGCCUGCAGAACAGGAUGUCUUUCCAGGGCAAGAAGAGCAUCCCCCGGAUCACGAGUGACCGCCUUCUGAUCAAAGGUGGGAAGAUUGUGAAUGAUGACCAGUCCUUUCAUGCGGAUUUGUAUGUGGAAGAUGGUUUGAUUAAACAAAUUGGAGAAAACCUCAUUGUCCCUGGGGGCAUCAAAACCAUCGAUGCCCAUGGCCUGAUGGUCCUUCCUGGUGGAGUGGAUGUCCACACAAGACUGCACAUGCCUGUCCUGGGCAUGACCCCGGCUGAUGACUUCUGUCAAGGCACCAAGGCGGCCCUGGCAGGAGGGACCACCAUGAUCCUGGACCACGUGUUCCCGGACACGGGGGUGAGCCUGCUGGCGGCCUACGAGCAGUGGCGGGAGAGGGCGGAUAGCGCAGCCUGCUGUGACUACUCCCUGCACAUGGACGUGCCCCGCUGGCACGAGAGCACCAAGGAGGAGCUGGAGGCCCUGGUCAAGGACAAGGGUGUGAACUCCUUCCUGGUCUUCAUGACAUACAAGGACAGGUGCCAGUGUACUGACGGCCAGAUGUAUGAGAUCUUCAGCAUCAUCCGGGACCUGGGAGCCGUGGCCCAGGUGCACGCGGAGAACGGGGACAUCGUGGAGGAGGAGCAGAAGCGGCUGCUGGAGCGAGGUAUCACUGGCCCUGAGGGCCACGUGCUCAGCCACCCCGAGGAGGUGGAGGCCGAGGCUGUGUACCGAGCUGUCACCAUCGCCAAGCAGGCCAACUGCCCACUGUAUGUCACCAAGGUGAUGAGCAGGGGUGCAGCCGAUGUGGUUGCCCAAGCCAAGCGCAGGGGCUUGGUUGUUUUUGGGGAGCCCAUCACUGCCAGCCUGGGUGCUGAUGGUUCACACUACUGGAGCAAGAACUGGGCGAAGGCUGCGGCCUUUGUCACCUCGCCCCCCAUCAACCCGGACCCCACCACUGCAGACCACCUCACCUCCCUGCUGUCCAGUGGGGACCUCCAGGUGACAGGCAGUGCCCACUGCACCUUCACCACUGCCCAGAAGGCCGUUGGCAAAGACAACUUCACCCUGAUCCCCGAGGGCACCAACGGUGUGGAGGAGCGCAUGUCCGUGGUCUGGGAGAAAUGCGUGGCCUCCGGGAAGAUGGAUGAGAAUGAAUUUGUUGCAGUGACCAGUACAAAUGCUGCCAAAAUCUUCAAUUUUUACCCCAGGAAGGGGCGAGUGGCUGUAGGCUCUGAUGCUGACUUGGUUAUCUGGAACCCCAGGGCCACGAAGAUCAUCUCUGCCAAGAACCACAGCUCGAACGUGGAGUACAACGUUUUUGAAGGAUUUGAGUGCCGAGGAGCCCCCUCAGUGGUCAUUAGUCAGGGCAGGGUCGUGCUGGAAGACGGGAACCUCUUUGUCACCCCGGGGGCUGGCCGCUUCAUUCCUCGGAAAACAUUUCCAGACUUUGUGUACAAGAGAAUAAAGGCUCGCAACAGGCUGGCAGAGAUCCACGGUGUGCCCCGAGGCCUCUACGAUGGGCCGGUCCACGAGGUGAUGGUGCCCGCUAAGCCAGGAGGCGGCACCCAGGCCCGCGCAUCCUGCCCAGGCAAGAUCUCCGUGCCUCCCGUGCGCAACCUGCACCAGUCAGGAUUCAGCCUGUCUGGGUCUCAAGCUGACGAUCACAUCGCCAGACGCACAGCCCAGAAGAUCAUGGCGCCCCCCGGCGGACGUUCCAACAUCACCUCUCUUUCCUAGGCCUCCAGGACACGGGUCCGAGCCAGUGGGUGGGAGACCGUUGACCUCAGUUAGCUCUUUCCUUUGUAGAAGUUACUUUGAAAGGUGCUCAGUCUUGCCUUCCCCUCCCCUGUAAAUAAGCGGUCCUCUGGGGUCCUGGGUCCCGCUACGAGGAGCCCCUUCAAGAGGGCUGAAUUUGGGGAGAUUUCACUGCCAGGAUGAGGAGCUAGAUGAGGCAGUGACAGCUCAGGUGGCCUCCAGCCCAGGGCCUGCCUGGCCUCGGCGUGAAGGCAGGGCCCCCACUAGGGUGCUGAAAUCCCCGGUGCUGCGUUGUGGAGUCGUGGCUGAGGCCAAGGAGCCCAGGCUCCGAGCUCGUGAGCCUGCAAGCGUCUGGCCAGGCUGACCGGCAUCCGCCGCUUCCUCCACGAAGGAGUCACUGCCCUGCGAAGCCGCCCGGCACUCCCACCUGCCCACGGCACUCAGGUGCAGCUGUCCUUCCAGGGGGCUGUGGCGCUGUCUGCCCAGCACAGGUGGGAGGGCGCGAGGGGAGCCGCCGGCCUCUGGGGGCUGCUGAGACUUCAGGGAUCCACCAGGAAUUUACGUGGCAGCUCCCUCCCCAGCAGGGACUCGCUGGCACACACCUCGAGGACCAAGCCUGAGCUUCCCCGAGGCCCGUCUCCAGGGAAGUUUUCACCCUUUAGCUAAGAUGCCCUCCUUUCUACAAGAUGUGUAUUUCCAUAGGGUCAUUAGAGUAGCCGUUUUGUACAGUGAGGAAACCGUAGCCAGGAACCUGCAUGCCACCACACUGGACGGCACGUGGCCGUCUGAGCGAUUCCUCAGGUGGAUUAAAGAUGUCUGGGUUGGAAGCU